CCUCCCCCGCCAGGGCCUCCGCCUGCUCGGCCUGCUCUGCCUCCAGUCCGGGGCGCCAUGACGCAGUGGGGCCACGCCGACCCCACGCCCGUGGACACCCCGAAGAGCAGCGAUGAGAAGCUCGUGGUGGCCGUCAGGGUGCGUCCCCAUCGACCUGACGAGGGUCAGCGGGUCGUACACGCCCUCAAUGAAAAGACCGUCAUCUUGGAGGAGCCGCCGGCCUCCGGGACCAGGGCCCGGCCGCGCGGACCCAGCCGCCAGUACAUGUGCGACAAGGUGUUCGAGGAGGAUGCCACCCAGGAGGAAGUGUACGCGUCCACGACGCGGCCCUUGGUGGAGGCCGUGCUGCGCGGCUACAGCGCCACGGUGUUCGCGUACGGCGCCACGGGCGCGGGCAAGACGCACACCAUGGUGGGGCCCGAGGACGCCGCCGACCCCGGCCAGCAGGGCGUCAUGGUGCGCGCCCUCAACGAGCUGUUCGGCCAGGCGGCGCACCUCGGCGACAGGGUCACGCUGUCGUACUUGGAGAUCUACAACGAGAACAUCCGCGACCUGCUGAACCCUUCGGGCCCUCCCGGCACGGCGGGCGGCUCGCUGGAGCUGCGCGAGGACCAGGCGGGCGGCGUGCGGGUGGCGGGCCUCACCGAGACCGAGACGCGCUCCACGGCGGAGGUGCUGCAGCUGCUGCACCGCGGCAACCGCGCGCGCACCGUGGAGCCCACGGCCGCCAACCGCGCGUCGUCGCGCAGCCACGCGCUGCUGUCGGUGCGGCUGACGCGCACGCCCAACCCGGCGGCCGGCGUCCGCGCCCUCAGCGCGCCCUCGGGCCGCCUCUACAUGAUCGACCUGGCCGGGUCGGAGCGCGCCUCCAACACCAAGAACCGCGGCAAGCGGCUGCAGGAAGGCGCGCACAUCAACCGCUCGCUGCUCGCGCUGGGCAACUGCAUCAACGCGCUGGCGGGCGGCGCGCGCUACGUCAACUUCCGCGACUCCAAGCUCACCCGGCUGCUGAAGGACGCGCUGACGGGGGACGUGCGCGCCGUCAUGAUCGCCCACGUGUCGCCGGGCGAGAAGCACGCCGACGAGACCAGGAACACGCUGGCCUACGCGCACCGCGCCGGCACCAUCACCAGCCGCGCCGGCCAGUACCGCGACAUCGUGUCGGACCUGCGGGCCGAGAUCGGCCGCCUCAGGGCCAAGCUGGCCGAGGGCGAGCUCACCGCCAGCCCCGGGGGCGGCGUGGCGCUGUCGCGGCUGCGGGACGACCUGGUGGCCAUCUUCAGGGAGCAGAUGCGGCUGCGGCGGACGCUGCUGGACAUCGACGCGCAGCUGCUGCGGCUGGACUCGGAGACGGACCGCCAGCAGAUGAUCCUCUCGCGCGCCAACAAGCUGUACCAGGGCCAGGCCGUGCCCAGCACGGCGGGCACCACGCGCACGUCGUACCGCGGCACGCGCAGCGUGCGGGGCGCGCCGUCCACCAUCGCGGACACGGAGACGUCCGACGGCGACGGCGAGAGCGGCUCCCCGCCGGGCUCCCCGAUGCGGCGCGCGCUGCACGCCCUGGAGUCCAUCGAGCACGAGCGCAGCCGGCUGUCCGACCUGCGCGCCAAGACGGAGCGCGACCUGGAGCGGGCCCGCGGGGAGGCGGCGCGCCUGGAGGACGGGCUGCCGCUGCAAGCCACGUCCGGCGAGGAGCGCGAGCUGCUGUCGCUGGUGCUGCGCGUGCACGAGCUGGAGGCGGAGCGCCUGGCGCUGCAGGGCGAGCGCGAGCUGCGGCGCCACGAGCUGCGGCGCCGCGACCUUCUGCUCAUGCGCUACGACCGCCAGCGCCACAUCUGCGACGAGAUCAUCACGCGCCAGCGCAGGCUCAUCGAGGACGGGCGCCUGCUCCUGCCGCCGGACCUGCACGACCUCUACCGCCUGUACCAGAAGGAGAUCCACGCCGCGGCCUACUCGGCCUUCAGCCCCUACAGUGCGUCCGGGCUGGCGGACGCCUACGGCAGCCUGGGCUCCACCUUCACGGCGGACUCGACGGGCCGCGGGCUGUACACGGCGCAGGCCGCCAGUGACCGCAGCGACGCGGCGGACGUGCGGGCGUCGGCGCGGGCCGGCGAGCUGCCCGCCAUCCGGAGGGGCGAGCGGAUGUACCGACGCGUGAGCCGCGGCCAAGGAGGCCGCGCGGCCGACUCGGCGUCCAGGAGCAGCGGCGUCUCCCCGAACAGCUCCAACGGCUCGGACUGGGACGUGGCCACCAUCGCCACGCUGCCGACAGUGCCGGGAGGGCUGGCCCAAGGGCUGGCCGGCCCCGUGCUGCGGCGGGGGCCGGGACUGCCCGGACCCGAGCCCGCCAUCACGGCGCGCCCGCUGCACUUCCCGCCCAUCAGUUUUGUGACAAAUAAAAAGACAAUCGUUGAAACCACUGAUAAAUAG